CCCGGAACGACCCGUGCGUCAGGGGAUUUCCCUGCCCGGGGCUGCGGGUUCCCGUCCCAUCAGGAUAAAAGGCGUUCGACCGCCUCGGGGAGUCACAGAGUCCGACCUGCCAGCCCAACAGCCGCAGACUGAGACCCUCCGAGCUGAGCCCCAUGGCCCGCACCGCGACCCCCGCCGCCCCCCGGCUCCUCCGCGCCGCGCUGCUGCUCCUGCUCCUGGUGGCCGCCGGCCGGCGCGCAGCAGGGGCGCCCGUGGUCACCGAACUGCGCUGCCACUGCUUGCAGACUGUGCAGGGAAUUCACUUCAAGAACAUCCAGAGCUUGGCGGUGACGCCCCCGGGACCCCACUGUGGCCAAACGGAAGUCAUAGCCACUCUCAAGAAUGGCCAGGAAGUUUGUCUCAACCCCGAAGCCCCCUUGGUUAAGAAAAUAGUCGACAAGAUGCUAAACAAGGGCAGCACCAACUGAUCUGGAGAGAAAGAGGAAGCUUGCUGGCUACUGCUGAGCCCUAGUGGAAUUGGAGUGAAUGAAGAGAAAGGAAUAGCUACUGGGGCCACCUAGACUGCAUUUAAUGUGUUUGGCUAUUUCUUAUGAGAGUCCUUCUAUUUAUUUGUAUGUAUUUAUUUAUUUUUCAAAGCUUGUAUAUUGAUGUUCUAUCUAAUAUUUAAAGAUAUGAAUGUGUUUGGCAAUUUUCUGUACUGUUAUUUAAAAAGAUAAUUUUUAUGUUCAAAGUUCAGUUCUAUUAUUUAAUUUGAAGAUGCUAUGUUUUAAAUGUUCAUUCAUUAAACUAUUUUGGGGGGGGCUAGGGGGUACCAUACUGUACCAUUCACUUUGGUAAAGGCUGGAGACAAUAGUGGGGGAAUCCAAGCAAAUAGAUCACUGUUAAGGUAGGGGAAUGUAUGUGUACAUUAUUAUCUGUCCUGAUGAGAAGAUUGUCAGUUGCUAUUUAUUGAAACAGUUUCAUAGCACGUAGUCAACAUUUCUGAUGCUGAAGCUUUUAAAUAGACAGUAUUCUGAAUAUCCCUUGGACAUUUUAUGUCUUCCUUGUAAGGCAUAAUGCCUUGUGUAGUAUUAAUUAUGCAAUGAUUUUCUCUCUCUCUCUUGGAAUAGAGAAGUUUAAAUAUUUUUUGAUGUAUUUUUUACAAAUAACAUGAAAAUAAAGCUUUUUA